AUGGUCCUGGGGCUAGUUUGGAACACCCGCACUGGGCAACACUGGCUCGCUUGGGUAGUUCGCGGGCCCCAAGACCCUAACAGCCCCGAGGAACCGGUUCUGACUGGCCUCGGUUACAUGACCGACAUCAACAUGGUCGCCCCCGCCGAUUGUGCUAUUAGCUACAAAGAAACCCCGGACGACGAAUUGCGAGGGUACGACUUCAGGGUUCUCGAUGGUACCACCGACCGGCCGUUUACCUUUCACGAGUUUUGUUGGCAACUGCUUUUGACGAAACUCGGUCUCGGAGAGGACAAAGCUGGCUGGAAACAAGUUGGAACUUGGCUUUUCCAUAUCCUCAAUUCGGUCUCCUGGGUAGAGACCGGAAAUUUGAUGCCCGAGAACCGCUACCAUGGCACCAUCAAGUUGCGGCAAGCCACGGCUGCUCUAGGUACGCCAGACUUGCUGUUGGCAGAUCCGUCGAAACAUGGUCCCGAGAUAGCGACGUCCUCACUUGAAUUCCAACACCACUCCCUCAUCCAGCCAAUAACGCAACAGAGCGACCCUUUCACGACGCUACCUUUGGAAGUAAUUUUCGAGAUCUUCAUUUUACUACCGUCGAAGGAUGUAGGCAGCGCACGUCUCAGCUCUCGCCACUUGGCAGUCGCGUGCUUUAUGAACAACCUCCCUCAACGCUUUUGGACUUCGCGAUUUUCGCCUGAGCGGGAAUUGGGUCUUGUAUUGCCCGAGUUACUCUCGCCAAAGACUUCGAAUAGAUGGCUGCAUACUUAUCUCGACUACAAGAAAACCUUGAAAGAGAGUAAUUGCUUCGCCCUUCGUAAUCGUGGACGAAUCUGGCGAUGUCUCGAAGGGUUAGCCAUCAUCCUGGACGCGCUUCUCAUACAUCACCGCGAGAGGCAGCCUGAAGAGCUUGUUGACGAGACCUGCUUCCUGGGACAGAAAGUAGCCUGUCCCGAGUUGCCUGAUCAAUUUCAGUACGGCGAGCUCAAUUUUGGUGCUCGUUCACGAGAGCAGCAUCAUUUUGCGUUGCAGGAUGCGUUCCUUGUACAAAUAUCGGUCAUUCGUCUCGACUCAGCGACAUACAUUUCUGGCAUACGGACCACCAGCCGGGCAAACAGAGACGGCGAACAAGUCGUCCAGGAAGCCGGCCUAAUCAUUCCGUCCAACUUGUACUCAAUUCGUUUAUUACCCGGAAGUACGAUCUCCUCGAUUGAUGUAUACUGUUCUCCCCUGGGUAUCCAUGGGUUGGCAUUCUCCUUCACUCAUUCAACUAACAUUCAGCUUGUGGGAGAUGGGCAUUGCCCCUCCAACACCGUUGGCGUGGCAAAACUGACAGCUCAGAGUGGUAUCGCGGGCAUAGUAGUCGGGUUUGAUGUAAUGUCACAUAUCCAUGAACGUCAGAUAUACAAAGCCGUUUCUAUUCAGUUGGUAGAACAGCAGGCCGUUGACAACUCACAUAUUCCUGCUGUCAUCGCAUGGAACCCGAGACUCCCAGAUACCGAAAUUACACGGCGUCUUCCACCUUUGAAACUCAAACCACUGGCGGAGGACCAGUUCUCUGUCAAUGCGCAUAUCCCCUUCGGUGGAGAGGAUGGGUCACGUCUACCCUUGCUAUGUAAAAUGACGGCGUUGAUGCAUGGCAGAAUGGGAUUUUACGGGCUUCUGUUUUCCUAUUCCGAUGGCAAAGAGUUGUGGUUUGGACAACGUGAAGCGCUCCUUAACGGGGGCAAGCUGAAGUCAUGCGUUGAGCAAACCUUCAUGAUCAAUGGCGAAGCGGGGGAGUGUAUCAAUUCAUUCGAUGCCCCUUGUAGCCAUACAGGACUCAAUCAUCGCCACGUUGUUAGGAGCAUUCAAGUCACCACGAAUUUCGGUCGACAGUAUACUUUCGGAGCGUCCACCCCCGCCCACAAGAUUGAACAGCAAGUCAGUGCCCAAGUCCCUUCUCAAGAGUGCCGAAUAAUAGCACUAGUUGGUCGAGUAUCGUCUCCUAUCUGGGCCUUUGAAGAUCUAAAGGCUGAAAAGAUCCAUGUUGAGCACCAAAUCGAUCGCAUGCCUCUUGAAUCCAUAAGCGCACCUUCUCUGACGCGCAACAUGAUUACUGAUGUUCCAUGGAUGCUUCUAUAUGAGGGCUCCUGUUUUACUAUCGCUUCUCUUGAGAAUCUUCGGCGUGUUCGCGUUUCGAAGGGUGCGGGAGGCCGCUCACGUGCUGAUGGCAAUGUUACUGGAAUCCUACUCGAUUAUCACCAUGGCGGACAGAGUGCAGUAGUGGGACAAUGGAUCCAGGAGGCAAGGCAUGACCCGUUUAGUCUCCAUGAGACUGAACGAGUGGUCGAAUUCUCCUACUGGGUCCAUGCGAACAUGGUCUAUCCAGAAUCAGAUCGCUUUAGCAUGGUCACCGGUAUCCGACUUGUCACGUCUUUUGGACAAUGCCUCGAAGUAAUACCAGAUCACACGAGACGACUACUGGAUACACAUGUGCGCUGCUAUUCUACACUUUACGAAGGCUUGCGGAACAUUACCUGGAUAUUCAACUCCUCCAGGGAUGAAUUAAACAUCAGUCUGCGGCCCACGCCUGCACUGGGAGACGGCCAUCUUUGCUUGGCAUAUAGCAGGGAAAUCUUUCGACCCCGACAUGAAGCUGAGGGUAAUACUCGCAUCUACUCCGACUUUAAUGAUCCUGUAUUCGACGAACUUUCAGACGAUAGGCUUAGACUCAAGAUGAGUUACUACCAUGUCCGGGGACUGCUCUUCUUCCACAAUAUCGAUAGCCAUGGAAGACAAAUACCUGUUCAGCAGGUACGGCUGACGGCCGGCGAGUGGAGGCAACUGGUUGGCAUUGAGUUUCAGUAUGCGGAUGGCCAUGUCAACACCUACGGCACAAAUGUUGGAAAGACUUCUGUGCUUCGUUUAGACACAGCCCGCAACGAGCGUCUAUCUCGCCUGGUAGUAUACAACUAUGCCAGGGAAUCUAAGGGAAUUGAGUUGCAUACGACAUUGAAUCAGAAAUUGGUUGCUGGGAGAAUAAGAUACGGCAAGACUGUCUACGUGGCAACAUUUCCUUUAGAGGUUGGCAUCGCGAUGCCUGACUUCGAUGUUCCAGACUUGACCUCGGACAGGGUGUUCAACCACGGUCUUCCAACUCUUGCUGCGGAGGAAGGCUUUCGAGGCAGUCUUGGCAUAUGGGUCAUACUUAAGUGCAAAGAUGACGAGAUCAACACGAUUGAACUUCAAGACGCCGGACCGAUAUACUUGACCGGUCCGCGUUGA